AUGAAAUGGGGAAGAGGAAAAUAAGUAUGGAGCGAUGGUUCUAUGUAUGAAGGUUACUGGUCUAAUGAUAUGGCUAGUGGAAGAGGUAGACUUAUUCAUGGAGAUGGUGACGUUUACAAAGGCUAAUGGUAAGAAGAUAAAGCUGAUGGUGAUGGAGUUUACAUUCAUAGAGAUGGCGCUAGUUAUACUGGAUAAUGGGUAUAAGAUAAGUAGCAUGGUAUCGGUAUUAAAAAGUGGAUUGAGGGAGCUAGUUAUGAAGGAUAAUAUUUUUAAGGAAUGAAACAAGGAGAGGGUAUCUUUUUGUGGGCAGAUGGUAGUCAAUACCAUAGAUCUUUUAAAUAAAAUAAUAUUCAUGGAAAGGGUUAAUACAAGCAGGAAUAUUAUAUAAUUUUUUGUGAAUUUUUAAUCAGUGGAAAGAUAAGAGAUAAUAUACUGGAGAGUGGAAAGAUAAUAAAAUGCAUGGACUAGGCUAAUUUACUUGGCCAGAUGAUAGGAAAUAUUAUGGAGAGUAUAAAGAUGACAAAAAACAUGGUUAUGGAGAAUUUACUUAGCCUGAUGGAAAGAAUGUUAAAAGUUUACUGGGGAAAUGGAAAAUAGCACGGUAGAGGAACUUAUAUAGGAACAAGUAGAGUUGAAAGGGAAGGUGAGCGGUUCGAAGGAAGAAGACUAAAAUGGAUUGAUAAAUGA